UUAGUGGCUUCUAGCUGUUAACUUUGAGAUUGCAACUAACUGAACACUGCUCGCAUCUGUAUUUGACAACCUGGGAAUGACAACGGGCUGUUCAUCUCACGAAAGACUCUAUCUAGACCCAGUAUGUGGUUUGUCUGUCCAGGGCUACUGUAGAAACAUGCUGGACUCCUUGAAAGGUGAGCCGCUGCCUUUUAUAAAGACGUCUCAUUCUAAGGUAACAAAAACACAACGAUUGUUAUUUCCAGGUGAUUAUACACUAAUGAAAACAUACCUGUGAAUAUUAUAUUAAACUUCUGCCAAUAGAUCCUCCUAAAUGUUACACACUGGACCUUUUUUAAGAGCAUUUAUAUAAAAUAGUUAAUAUAUUAGUGGGUGUGUACGUUUGCCAAGUGCUUGAGGAUAUUCCUGGUAUUAGAAUUCACCCAUAAUCUUCUCAAUUAGAGAAUGUACACAAAAGGUUCUUGUAAUUUUACUUCUAUUAUCUCCCCUCAUACAGAGCACAGAGUGUAGUUUGACACUUUAUCUCUAAAUCAACAACCUCGGUCCACCCAUGUGGCUUCCUGGGGGGUCAGAAACUCUGGUCUAAUCAGCAUAAAAUAUAUUGUUAUCUGUGUUAUGUGUCCGACCAGUAGAGUCUCUAAACAGUCAGAUCAGGACCAGGGACAGCGCCUAGAUUCAGUCACUAAGUGUUUAAAGAGAUUUUUCUUUAAAGCAAAAACUCCAGAGUUUAAAUUAUUGAUUGAUUGGAUUCUGGAUGGAAGUGAUGUACGUUGCCUUUAAUUAGCUCAUAUUGAGGUAAAAAGAAUAUUAACACUGAUUUAUUGUCAUUUUCCUCUUGUUUCAUCACUUUGGCUUUAAAGGAUCUACAGGCACAAACUUGAAUCCUUCAUUUGCCACUUUAAUUAAGUUAAACCUGUUAUGUUGACUGUGAAACAAAGUAGAGUUACCAAAUAUCCUCAUUUAAUUUAAUUCAAUUCAAAUUCAAAAUACCUCAUCAGUCCUUGUGUGUGUGUGUGUGUGGGGGGGGGGAAUUUGAUGGAAGCAAGUCUGAACACACAAAUCACAGUUAAUUCACAUUCAUAAAAACAAUCUAGAAACAUAAAUAUGAUGGAUGGAUAAGAGUUGAAAUACACAAAGGUUACACAUUAAGUUAGGAUCCCUGCAAACCUAAAGCACAACUUUCUCAAGGAAUCACAAGGGACCACACCCCCCUCCCCUCAAGGCCCCCAUCGGAGCCCCUGGCCCCUGUAUCCUCCUCAUGUACCCAUGGGAGGUCCCUCAUCCCAACCCUCAUAUGCACCUGGAAAUAUGCCCCCCCUUUGUGUUUCUGUCGAUCGCAGCAUCCCCCAGCUGUUCCCCCGGGACUAUGUUGCCUUGUCGUCUCGACAGUUGUCCAGUUUCCAAACCGGUCUCUGUGCUUGCAUUGACGUCAAAGGAGCAGGCUGGAUGUAUAAAACCCUCCGUCCUCUCCAGUCGCCGCUCACAGGGACUUUUCAGACUCUGCUCCGCCCUGAGAGAGAGAUCCCACCGGCCGACCACAAAGUUCAGCUGCUGCACCUGCAGAGAAUAAAGACAUGAAGCCAGUGCCCCUGCUCCUGCUCCUCUCCUCGGUCCUCCUCUCAUCGCACCUCCGCCCCGCCGCCGGCAGACCGCGCAUCCUCCCCGGCUGGCUGGAUGGCAGCGGCCGCCUCCAGACGCAGCAACUGGACGAAGUGCUCCUCAGAGCGGCCGCCGCCGGGGACAGCACCGCCUCAGAUCUCCUGGGCGACAGCAUCCUGAGGUUUCUCCAAAGAAGGAACCCGGAGCCUCUGCGCCUCCUCCCACCAGAAGAGGAGAGCGAGGAUGAGGCGGUGAGGACAGCGGCGGUGCAGCUGUUGAAACGGAGCGAAGAUCCGCCGCUGUCCAUCGACCUGACCUUCCACCUGCUGAGGAAUAUGAUCCAGAUGGCCAAGAUGGAGAGCCAGAGGGAGCAGGCUCAGCUCAACCGCAAAGUCCUCGACGAGGUCGGGAAGUAAAGCUCUAUUAUCUUAUUUUUUUUAAAUGCCUCAUUAAAACAGCCCAACCGCUGUCUUAAGUAUUCAAGACCUCUGACAUUAGUUGUUGUUUGUGCGCCUGCCUUCUUCUCCACAUCAUUUUACGCACAGAUGGUGCCAAAUUACGCAUCACAGCAGCCGCGAGUAAAAUGUAAAUUCUUAAGUGUUAUUUAAAGACUUUGUUGGAAAACAUGGAAACGGACUUCCCACACCCCCUCCGCCGUCCCCCCUGGCUUCCCCCCUCACCCCUCACCCCUCCUCACACACACUCCUCUCCGCACUGGACUUUUGGGAAACUGUCGGGUCUCACUGGAUUUCAGAGUUUAACAUUGGGACACAUUUAAUCCGGAUACGAGCAGCGCUGUUCUUUGUCAUUUGUCUCUCUGAUCAAAUGUUUUAAAGCUGUGAAGGGGAAAUGACAGAUCACAAGUUACUAAAAUUCUCAAACUCAGUAUUUACAGAGUUUGUACUCCUUUGCUAAAUGUCAGUCUGACUUUAUUGAACUCUUUCUCGUCAGCAGAUUGGGUGACCUCGGUGUUAAAAUGCUUGUGUGGAACAUUUUAAUGAUGCUCAUGAUAUUUACCCCCUUUUAAAGAUUAAUUGCUUAGGCUGCAGCUACAUGAGUCUAAUGUCAGGUGCAUUAUGGGUGCCACCAUGCAACUGAAUUGGUGCUGUGUAGAAACCAUCUAAGAUAUUAGGAAUAUUAGUGCUGAUUGAACUCCAGUUUAUGACCGCAAUAAGAUUAUUAAAGAACAAAAUACUCACUUACUAUCUUUAUAUUACCUAUUUAAGGCUAAUCCUUCCUGUUUGCCGUCCAAAUCCUCUCACUAGUUCAUGUAAAUGUCAUAUUCCUACACUACUAAAACAAAGGGGUUAUUAUGUGAAGUCAUGAGAUAGAAACAUUCAAAACUCCUCUCUGUGGAUAUCCAACUGUCCUCUGUUAUUAAUUAAUAUCCUGGGAUUGAUGGGAUUGGUUUGAAAAUGGAUCUGAGGUGGAAGGAAGGAGAAAACGCACUUUAUGUUGAUUUGUUUGUCGCCUCUUACCUUCAUCCUCUGUUCUGUCUCUUUUUAGUUUGAGCGGGAGCACUAUCACCUGUACUGUAUCAACUGUAGCAUGCUAAUCUACAAAAAAAAGUAAGAAAAAAAGCUUUAUUUUACCGUAAACAUUCACGUCUGACACGGAUCACAUUGUAUUUGUUUUAGCAAAGGAAGAGAAAGCUUUUUUGCCAUUUAUAUUUUGUAAUAAAAAAGUUUGAAGUAAAACACAGCUUUCGAUUCUGUUAUUGUGCUGAUUAUAAAUGUGUUGAUCGAUGAUAAAAAUACAACUUUUUGUGACUGUC